UUGAUACCCGUUUGUAAUUGACUUUUUGUCUAGUCAUUCUAUUAAAGAUCUCAUUAGACCUCUGUACUCCAAUUAAUACACUUCCUCUGCAUCUUCUUCAUCUUGAUCAUACUUCUCAUGGAAACAAAUCGCUUGCGCUCUUAUUACAACCUAGGAUUCCAACCUCUCCUACCCAUGAAGGACCAGGAAAACACAACAUAUCAAUCCCCCGUGCCUCCUUCAGACCCCGCAUUCCCCGUGUUAGCCAUCGCUGUCUUAAGCAUCAUGGGCACUGCCUUCUUGCUCUUUAGUUACUAUGUCUUCGUCACCAGAUGCCAGCUCAAUCUGUUGAGAUGGAUAUCUCUGCUCCGAGCCAGAGAAGAUGAAGAUCCUUUCAUAGCCCUCUCGCCGUCAAUGUGGAAUAGGGGACUGAAUGAUUCUGUCAUCCGAGAAAUCCCAAGUUUCCAGUUCAAGAGAGAAGCAGAGGAUGGAAGUAUUUGUGGAUGUGUCGUGUGUCUAAGUGAGUUCCAGGAACAUGACAUGCUUCGAGUUCUUCCUAAUUGCAAGCAUGCAUUCCACUUGGAUUGCAUUGAUAUCUGGCUUCAAAGCAAUGCCAAUUGCCCUCUUUGCAGAACAAGCAUUUCUGGUACCACAAGGUAUCCAGUUGAUCAUAUUGUUGCCCCGAGUUCUUCCCCUCAGGAUCCGCAGUCACUCACUGACGGUACUCUUAUUGGCGGAGAUGAUGAUUUUGUGGUGAUAGAACUGGGAGGAUAUGACAGAGGUGUUUCUUUCCCAGACAGGCAGCAAGAAAUAGGGAAUUCAGGACAAGCAUUGCAGCAGCCUAGAGGUAAGUCACCGGAAAAGGCGAAGCAGAGGGUCGAGAACUUAAAAUCAAGAAAGAGGCAGCAUCUUUCGAUCAUGGGGGAUGAGUGCAUUGAUGUAAGACAGAAAGAUGAUCACUUCUCAAUCCAACCUAUCAGGAGAUCUUUCUCUUUGGAUUCGGCCGUAGACAGACAGCUCUACUUAUCAGUUCAGGCUGUCAUUCAACAGAACAGACAUCAAACAGAAGAAUGCAGUAACAGAGCUAGGAGGUCGUUGUUUCAAUUCGGACAUGGCCGAGGAUCAAAAAAUACAGUCCUUCCAGUAGAAUUUGAUCCGUGGUGACAGAUUGUGUUACCUUUGUAUUGUUAAUUUUGUUUUAAUUACUGUGGUUUGGGUUUAAGUGGGGUUUCUGAAGUUUUUGCAAGAGACUUAAUUGAGUAGAGUGACUUUGUGUUGAUGCCGUUUUUGAGUAUAAAAGAGACAUGGGGCA